CGAUUAUUUUUAGUGGAUGUCUAUUAAGCCCUUAAUCAACGUCUAUUAAAUUUGCCUAUUCAGCGCCAAUGUUGAUCCGCUAAAUAACGUCACUUAGACAUUUUUUUAAUCAAUAUUUUAAUCGACGACAUAACCGUCUUUAAAUAAUUAUUUAUGUUGACAUUCAUAUAAAAUCGGUCAAAAUGGAUAACGUUCUGCAAGAAAUUCAGUUUAUUGAAGAAGUUGAAAAUAAUUUCAACAUAUAUCCGUUGGCUCGUGCUCGUGGUGUUUUCCGUCCGCGUAUUAAUACUUUUGCGGAAUUUUCAGAAAAGGAAUUCAUAAAACGCUAUCGAUUAAAAAAACAUACAUUCCGAUAUGUGUUAGACUUAAUUAAAGAAGAUUUAAGAUUGCAGACCUACAAUUCGAAUAAUAUUAGUCCGGAAAUGCAGCUCCUCAUAGCGCUACGAUUUUUUGCCAAAGCAAGUUAUCAAACAGAAACAGGAGAUCUGCACGGUGUUAGUCAGGCUUCCGUGAGUAGGAUUGUACUAAAGGUAGCUCGAGCUUUAGCUUCUCGACUACCUCAGUUUGUUAAUUGGCCAGAAAAUUUUCGUGAGCUCAAGCGAAAUUUUUACAAUAUUAGGGCAUUUCCUGGGGUGGUGGGUUGCAUUGAUUGCACCCAUAUUAAAAUAAAGAAUCCUGAUGGACGUCGACCGCUGUUAUACUGCUGCAGGAAAGGUUUUUAUUCAUUGAAUGUGCAAGUUAUUUGCGAUUCAAACACCAGAAUCAUGGACAUUGUAACCAGAUGGAGGGGGAGCGUCCAUGAUUCUAGAAUUUUUAACAAUUCCCGCAUUAAAGAGGAUUUUGAGAGCAAUCUAAAACAAGGGAUUCUGUUGGGUGAUAGUGGGUAUGCCUGUACUCGAUAUAUGUUGACACCAUUGCUACAACCAAGAACAGCAGCAGAGCUAAGAUACAAUCCUGCGCAUAAAGGAACUAGAGUGGUUAUUGAACACUGCUUUGGUCGAUGGAAAAACAUGUUCAAGGCACUGAGGCCAAACUUGGAGACAAAAUUAAGCACUGCAAAAAUAAUAAUUGUUGCAACAGCAAUACUUUACAAUAUUCGCCUCGAGAGGGACAAUAACUUUGAAGAUGAUUCGUCAGAAUCAGAUAGUGAUAAUGACGAUCAACCUAUUCGACCCAAUCCCAGAAAUGAACAAGGAAAUAUUUUUAGACGUUUAUUUAUUCAACGAUAUUUUGGUAACAACAAUAGGUAA